AACACCGAAAACUUGAAGAGUUUAACGGAUCAGCAGCGUCACCAGCAACAAUCUGAGUUCACGUCUGUUUCUUAUUAUUUUUCAUCUCUCUGUCUAUGAACUCCCGCCAUUAAUCCAACCUUCGGGUUCCAAACCCUAACCGCGAAUCAUUUCUCUCCCUAACCUCCAUUUUGAAGAUAACAAACUUCUCUCAUGAAAAAUUAAUCACUAACCGUUACUAUCUUGCCAUGAUCAAUCCGAACCGUGCGAUCAGAUCAAUUCUCGAGCGUUAAUUUUAUUCUUGUACAAUGUCUUGGGGAUUAGGUUCCUGGAAGCGGCCGUCAGAGGUCUUCCGUUUAACGCUGAAUUAUGGCACGGAGGAGUCCGAAGACGAUCUUAAUCGUAUAUCAACAUCAUCGUCGUCAAGCUCAUUAUCAUCGUCAUCUCCGUCGUUACCGAUGUCUCCACCUCGAGAUCAGGAUCUUGGAUUUCGGUUUGAUUUGGAUUGGACGGCUGGGGAUGACGAAGAUCAGGUGGCUUUAAGAUUGCAGUCGCAGUUGAUGGUGGCGUUGCCUUUACCACAGGACUGUGUGGAGGUGGAUUUGAAGGAGGAGAAGGGAGAGAAAGGAAAUGUUAGGGUGGAGAUGAAGGUGGUGAAGAGGAGGGAGCCGUUGCGAGGGAUGACGUUGAGCAAAGCUGGUUCCGGUCAGCAGAGCGAUGGAGUUGGGGUUUUGACCAGGUUAUUGAGGUGUAACCUGGCUACUGGGGGAUUUGGCGAUGGUUGUGGUGAGCAUUGGCGUAAUGUCACCUUGCUUAGCCUCUGCGGUUGCGGUUUAUCGGUACUGCCAGCUGAGCUAAUUGGAUUGCCGCUACUUGAGAAGCUUUAUCUUGAUAACAAUAGGCUCUCAGUUUUGCCACCAGAGCUCGGUCAACUGAAAAAUUUGAAAGUUCUCACUGUCGAUUACAACACAUUGAUUUCAGUUCCUGUUGAACUGAGGCAGUGCGUUGGACUGGUGGAAUUGUCUCUGGAACACAAUAAGCUUGUCCGGCCUCUUCUUGAUUUCAGGGCUGUGGCUGAGUUACAAAUUCUUAGGCUAUUUGGUAAUCCUCUGGAAUUCCUCCCUGAAAUUCUACCGCUGCGCAAACUUCGCCACUUGUCUCUUGCUAAUAUUAGGAUUGUAGCUGAUGAGAAUUUGAGAUCAGUAAACGUGCAGAUAGAGAUGGAGAACAGUUCUUAUUUUGGUCCAUCUAGACACAAGCUGAGUGCCUUCUUCUCUCUUUUAUUCCGUUUUUCUUCAUGUCAUCACCCAUUGCUGGCAUCUGCACUGGCAAAGAUAAUACAAGACCAAGGAAACCGUGUUGUUGUUGGUAAAGAUGAAAAUGCAGUACGGCAGCUUAUUAGCAUGAUAAGUAGUGACAACCAGCAUGUGGUUGAACAAGCAUGCUCUGCUUUAUCAUCUCUUGCCGGAGAUGUGUCUGUUGCAAUGCAGUUGAUGAAGUGUGACAUAAUGCAACCCAUUGAAACAGUGCUGAAAUCGGUUGCACAUGAAGAAGUAAUUUCUGUAUUACAAGUUGUGGCUACUUUGGCCUUUGGAUCUGAUACUGUAGCUCAGAAGAUGUUGACCAAGGAUAUAUUGAAAUCAUUAAAAUUGUUAUGUGCCCAUAAAAAUGUCGAGGUGCAAAGGUUAGCUUUAUUAGCAGUUGGAAAUCUAGCCUUUUGCUUGGAGAAUCGAAGCAUCUUGGUCACCUCUGAAAGUCUACGGGAUCUUCUGAUGCGGUUGACAGUUACGUCUGAACCACGUGUGAAUAAAGCAGCAGCUCGUGCUUUGGCAAUUUUUGGAGAAAAUGAAAACUUGCGGCGUGCCAUAAGGGGAAGACAAGUUGCAAAGCAAGGUCUGCGCAUACUCUCAAUGGAUGGAGGUGGAAUGAAAGGUCUGGCAACAGUACAGAUGCUUAAAACAAUUGAGAAGGGGACUGGAAAACGUAUACAUGAGUUGUUUGACCUUAUAUGUGGCACAUCAACGGGUGGUAUGCUGGCCGUUGCUCUUGGUAUCAAGUUGAUGACCUUGGACAAAUGUGAGGAAAUAUAUAAAAAUCUCGGAAAACUAGUCUUUGCUGAGCCUACACCAAAGGAUAAUGAAGCUGCAAGCUGGAGAGAGAAGUUGGAUCAGCUUUAUAAAAGUUCAUCGCAAAGUUUUAGAGUUGUUGUACAUGGAUCUAAACACAGUGCAGAUCAGUUUGAGAGGUUGUUAAAGGAAAUGUGUGCUGAUGAGGAUGGGGAUCUGUUAAUAGAAUCAGCAGUAAAAAACAUUCCCAAAGUUUUUGUUGUAUCAACUUUGGUCAGCGCGAUGCCAGCUCAACCAUUUAUAUUUCGCAAUUAUCAGUAUCCUGCUGGAACACCUGAAGUGCCUUUUUCAAUUUCGGAAAGUUCAGGGGUUACUGUGUUAGGAUCACCUACAACUGGUGCUCAAGUUGGCUAUAAACGCAGUGCUUUUAUUGGAAGUUGUAAGCAUCAUGUUUGGCAAGCUAUUAGAGCAUCAUCUGCUGCUCCAUAUUAUCUUGAUGAUUUCUCAGAUGAUAUACACCGUUGGCAAGAUGGUGCUAUAGUGGCAAACAACCCUACUAUCUUUGCCAUGAGGGAAGCACAACUCUUAUGGCCUGACACAAACAUUGACUGCUUGGUUUCAAUUGGCUGUGGUUCUGUUCCAACGAAGGCAAGGAAAGGGGGUUGGCGUUAUUUGGACACUGGGCAAGUGUUGAUUGAGAGUGCAUGUUCAGUGGACCGAGUUGAAGAAGCUUUGAGCACAUUGCUACCUAUGCUCCCUGCAAUACAGUAUUUUCGCUUUAAUCCAGUUGAUGAACGUUGUGAUAUGGAGCUGGACGAAACUGAUCCAGCUGUCUGGCUAAAGUUGGAAGCUGCAGUUGAGGAAUAUAUCCAAAAUAAUUCAGAAGCCUUUAAGAAUGUUUGUGAGAGACUACUUUUACCCCAUCAGCAUGAUGAUAAGAUUUCAGAUACUUUGAAAACCCAGCAAUUCCCCAAGGCAAAGGUAUCAAAAGCAGAUGAGAAUACUCCUUCUUUGGGUUGGAGGCGUAAUGUGCUACUUGUUGAAGCUUUGCAUAGUCCUGAUUCAGGUAGGAUUACGCACCAUGCUCGGGCACUUGAAUCAUUUUGUGCCCGGAAUGGAAUUAGAUUAUCUCUCAUGCUUGGGGCGUCCGGAAUUGCAAUGACAGUGCCAACAACAACAUUCGCUUCACCAUUUACGUCACCUCUGAUUACUGGAAGCUUCCCAUCAAGCCCACUUCUAUAUAGUCCUGAUUUUGGCCCCCAGCGGAUUGGCCGAAUUGACAUGGUGCCGCCUUUAAGCUUGGAUGGAAUUCAAUCUGGAAAGAAUGCUUCAUCACCACCAAUGUCUCCUUCAGCACGCCGACAGUUAUCUUUACCUGUCCGGUCAUUGCAUGAAAAGUUACAGAAUACUCCACAAGUUGGAAUUGUACAUUUAGCCCUUCAAAAUGACUCAUUGGGAUUGAUAUUAAGCUGGCAGAAUGAUGUUUUUGUUGUUGCCGAACCUGGAGAUCUUGCAGAUAAGUUUCUCCAAAGUGUAAAAUUUAGCUUGUUAUCAAUGAUGCGUAGCCGCUGCAAGAAGUUUACAUCACUCAUUUCCAAUAUUUCAACUAUUGCUGAACUGGUUCGCUAUAGACCAUACUUCCAAGUAGGAAAUGUUGGCCAUCGUUAUAUUGGACGACAGACACAGGUUAUGGAGGAUGACCAAGAAAUUGCAGCAUAUAUGUUUCGCAGAACAGUUCCUUCUAUGCAUUUAACACCUGAUGAUGUUCGCUGGAUGGUUGGAGCUUGGAGGGACAGGAUCAUAAUAUGCACAGGGACCUAUGGACUUACUCCAUCUUUAAUUAAGGCCUUCUUGGAUUCUGGUGCAAAAACUGUUAUCUGCCCUUCUGCAGAUCCCCAAGAAAUCCCACUGAUAUCAGCCUAUGGAUCAGGGGAGUUCCCUAACCUGGAGAGUGGGAGGUUUGAGAUUGGAGAGGAAGAGGCAGACAAUGAAGAGGUGGAACCUGCCAGUCCAACAAGCGAUUGGGAAGAUAGCGAUCCUGAGAAGAAUAUAGAUCAUUCUAUGGGCUUUUGGGAUGAUGACGAAGGGGAAUUGUCACAGUUUGUCUGUCAGUUGUAUGACGCAUUGUUUCAGGAAGGGUCAAGAGUAGAUGUUGCUCUACAAAAUGCUCUUGCUUCUCAUCGGAGGCUGAGGUAUUCUUGCCAUCUUCCUGGUAUACAACUUUGAAUACUAUUUACAUGAAAUCGAAACCAGAAACUGUUAAAGAUAAAGGCAAAAAGGAUAAAGAAAAUAAGAAUACAAGAGUAUAUUUCCAAUUUUGAGGCUGAUGUAAAACAAUUAUGUUGUUUGUUAUUCAUUUCAGAACUGUAGUAAAUAGCAUAUACCAUGAGUCUAGGACGCUGUUUUUAAUUUUACAGAUCUAUUAUCUAAAUCGAACUUGUACUUUCUCAUUUGAGUCUUGCAUCUGCAAAACAUCUGGUGUCACUGAGCGAUACCAAUAAGAUGAUUGCAUAGUUAAUCUCUCGUCUUCUUUUAGAAUAAAGGAACAGUCAGAGGAUUACACA